GCGGCGGCGGCGGCAAUGGCGAUGGCCUCCACCCACGCGCCGAGCGGCGCCGCGCCCGGCAGGAUCCUCCGGGCGCGCGCCCCGUCCGGGCUCGGCUACCUCGGGCUCGGCCCCUCCAGGUCCGCCCUCCUCCGCCGCCCCCUCGCCCUCGCCAACAACAGCCGCGUCUCCAGCGCGAGGCCGCUGCUGCGGUGCGCGGCCUCGUCGUCUCCUGCGGCGGCGGCGGCGCGGCCCGCGUCCGCGCCGCGCUUCAUCCAGCACAAGAAGGAGGCCUUCUGGUUCUACCGCUUCCUCUCCAUCGUCUACGACCACGUCAUCAACCCGGGCCACUGGACCGAGGACAUGCGCGACGACGCGCUCGAGCCCGCCGACCUGCACAGCCGCAAGCUCAAGGUCGUCGACGUCGGCGGCGGCACGGGGUUCACCACGCUCGGCAUCGUCAAGCACGUCGACAAGGAGAACGUCACGCUGCUCGACCAGUCCCCGCACCAGCUCGAGAAGGCCAGGCAGAAGGAGGCGCUCAAGGGGGUCCAGAUCAUGGAGGGCGACGCCGAGGACCUCCCCUUCCCCACCGACACCUUCGACCGAUACAUCUCCGCCGGCAGCAUCGAGUACUGGCCUGACCCGCAGCGGGGAAUCAAGGAAGCCUACAGGGUCCUGAGGCUCGGCGGGAAGGCCUGUCUGAUCGGCCCCGUGCACCCGACCUUCUGGCUGUCCCGCUUCUUCGCCGACAUGUGGAUGCUCUUCCCCACUGAAGAGGAGUACAUCCAGUGGUUCAAAGCCGCAGGGUUCAGGGAUGUUCAGCUCAAGAGGAUUGGGCCAAAGUGGUACCGUGGUGUCCGUAGGCAUGGCCUCAUCAUGGGGUGCUCCGUCACCGGUGUCAAGAGAGAAAGUGGGGACUCCCCGUUGCAGCUUGGUCCGAAGGCUGAGGAUGUUAGCAAGCCUGUGAACCCUAUCACCUUCUUCUUCCGCUUCCUCAUGGGAACAAUAUGUGCCGCAUACUAUGUUCUGGUGCCUAUUUACAUGUGGAUAAAGGACCAGAUUGUGCCCAAAGGCAUGCCAAUCUAAUGGAGGGGAAUUAAGCUGCAGUGAGGAGUGGAUAGCCAGUAUCUGAAUUAGGCUUUUCUACAUUAGCCACCCCACAUCUGUUUUUCUUCAUCUUCUGUAUUUCCUGUUGUCGUGUAUUUGUUUUGCUGUGGUUCUUGUUUCCGCAGAGAAUAAUAUUUAAAACUUUGAUUA